UACAAGAAUUGAUUGAUAAAAGUCCAGUGUUACACAAAACUUUGAUACACAUGUGGACCUGGAAAACCCUUGUUUGCAUAUUGACAAAUGUAUUCAAUGUGAUUUAUAAAAGCAGGAUCAGUUACACAUGCUUAAUAUACAGUAAGGCUGAGGCAUUAGGUGUUUGAGGUUUUAACUAAAAUCCUUACAUUUUUACUUCUGUUGCAACUUGCUCAUAGAUAUGAGCAAAUAUUAUUUUCUAACUCUUACAGUUCUGCUCAGCCUUUUUUCUCAGAUACAGAGUGGCGUUUUACAUCAAGGAAAAUGCAGACAAGUCCUUGAAAAUGAUGAGUUCAGAGUCAUUUGUCUUCAUGUUAACUUUAAACAGCUACCCAGUAAAGUUUUUCCAGGAAACACCACAGACCUUCGUGUUCGUUUGAGCAAUUUGAGCUCCAUAUCAUCUGAUGACCUGAAGAUUUUCUCCCAUCUGAGCCAUCUCAGUCUGACCAGAAACCAACUGCAAACAACACCUGCGGAUCUGCUCGUGAGCCUGUCUAAUCUUUACAGUAUGUGCUUGACCUUACAGCUGUGCUGUGCAUUCCAAGAUGAAAAGUACCUUUAUUUGGUGAUGGAGUUCAUGCCAGGUGGAGAUCUGGUGACUCUGACCAGCAACUAUGACAUCCCAGAGGAAUGGGCUCAAUUCUAUACGGCAGAAGUGGUGCUGGCACUCGACGCCAUCCAUUCUCUGGGCUUCAUCCACAGAGACAUCAAACCAGACAACAUGCUGCUGGACCGCAAUGGACACUUCAAACUCGCAGACUUUGGCACAUGUACGAAGAUGGACUCGGUGUGUGAUAAGUGCAUUUGAAGUGUCUUUUAAGGGGGUUUGAUUCUAACAAAAAUGUUUCUCUCCUUUUUUUUUUAAUAAUCUAAUUGAACAAUAUUUUGCUUAGUGUGCUUUUGUGCUGAUACCUUGGCUAGUUUAGGCCUGACAUGGAUUAAUAGAUAUGACCACUAGGUGACACCACUACUGUAGGUGACAGCAAGUCUCUUUCUCCUUAUCAAAAAUAGUAGGCUGCUAUCUAAAUCGGUACUUCAUUUUAGUUCUAAGUUGUGUCUUGACAAAUUAAAAUAGAAUAGAGGAAGUGAGAAUGAAAUUCAGGCUACUGCAUUGACGUUAUUGUCACUGUCAUGUUGACCUGUCGUCAUCAGGCCUCAUAGGAUAGUAAAUGAAUUAAUUCCACACUUCAGUAAUUGAUAAUUCUGGUACUUUUUGCCUCCUGAUUCAUUCAAUCAUUUUCCUUUGGC